UUAUAUUUACAAGGAAAAAAGGCUGGACGUUUGUAUACACGCCAUAUUAAAAUAUGUAAGAGACAAAUCGUUUGACAAUAUUAUUAUGGCGUGUAAGGGGAAGAUUACGUCGAAAAUUAGUAAUUUAAGACGUAGUCAUAAGGACAGUGAGAAACUGGACCUUGGUACUGUACUGAUUGGGGACAAAGGUGGAUACGAGAUCUAUAAAAAAUCAAAUCAGAUAUUUACUGUUUACGAAAAUAAAAAGUCAUGCUCAUGCAAUAUGUACUGUAGCAAAUGUGAAAUGUGGAUGCAUGCAUAUUGCUGUACAUGCACUGAUUAUAGUAUUCAGUGGAAUAUGUGCAAACAUGUACAUUUAGUACAGAGGUAUAGGAAGGAACAUCCAGAGUCAGUUCCAAAAUCAGAGGAAAUUUGUUCGGACAAUGACAGUGACGAAGACUGCGACCGAGGUGACAUAACGUCUACUAUAGUUCAUUGUGUCAGCAAGAAGGUGGAGGACACAUCAAGAUUGGAGCACGCUAAACAAUUGUUAAUAAACAAAUUAACAGUAGCCGUGCAAAAUAUUAGUAGUGCGGAAGAAUUCCGCCAAGCAUCGGUUUUAUGUGAAGAGGAACUACUUAAGCACUUAAACUCCAUUCACUCUGCACUCUCAACGUCUUCUGCACCAACAACAUCUUCUGCUCCAUCAACGUCUUCUACACCCUCAAUGUCUUCUGCACUCUCAACGUCCUUUGCACCAUCAACCUCCUCAUUUAUUUCAACGCACAAUAAAAAAAUUAAUCCCCAAAGGAGGUUGUUCUCCACAAAAAAAUACAAAAAUAAGCAAAAAAGAAGACAGAAAAUAUUGAUAUUUUGUCUUUUUAAAUGUUAUGCAAUCCAAAUCAAUUUAGUUUAGAA